AUGGCUCCAUCCGAAGAUUCUAUUUUAACCAAUUUUCUUGUUACUCCGUCACCUUUACCCGCUAUUAUAUCUCUCGAAGAGUUUAUAGAGCUUUUUCCAAAAAAACUCCGGUCUCAUCCGCAAAUCAAGACUCUUUAUCGAGAACUACAACAUGUCAGGGCUCAGGAUAUUGCUUUGGUCAAAGAGAAUAUCGAGAGAGAGAUCAAAAAUGGAGAGCAGCAGAAAGAAGAACUCCGCCACGCUUUUUCUAGUAAAGGCGUCCAAAGUUUGGACCCCCAGGACAAAAUGGAAAUCAAUAUGGACGUCCAGUUAUUUGGCGAAUCAUCCGCUGGGAUGCCACAAGAUACCCAUACUCUUGAAUCUUUGACGGCUGAAAUGCAAAAAGCUACGGCUGCUAUGGAGAAAGAAAUUGCAAAUACCCAACAAGAAUGCUCAGAUAUUAUGGUAGAAUUGAAUAGCGUGAUUAGUGAUCUCAGCGAUUUACGUUACGGGAAAUUCAAUGCACUUCCAGGUGCGAAUAGCACUAUUGCUGAAGACGUUGUGGCAGGAUUGAAAAACUUAGACGAUGCCUGCAAUACGCAAGGCAAAUAA